AUGAGCAUGCUCAAGAAUCUUUCCAGCCGGUGGUCUUCAAAAGGAGAUGAUCGCCCCACGGAUUCAUAUCUGAGACGCAGAGAACAGGUCCGGAGAGCACAAAAGAACCACCGCAGGCGCAAGGAAGAAUACCACAAGUCCCUCGAGGCCGAAGUUGUGCAUCUUCGCACGCGCGAAUCCGACUUGCUCAAGCAGACCUGUGAACUCUCAGCAGAGGUGGAGUGGCUCAAAACCAUCAUAGUGCAACACUGUAUCACCAUCCCUUCAAGGCCAGCUGAAGCUGCAUCAUCUGGUCAACAUGAUCUUUGUUGCCACUCGUCCGUUAUAGUCAGCGUUGAUAAGAACUAUUUGAGCUGCGAGCGGUUACUUGUCCAGGACUUCGUAUCUUCCGAGCCUACACAUCACAACCACGAUGGUAGUUAUCUGGGAGUGGGCGUGGCGUACCCUGCGCGAUCGGGAAUUGACGAGCUCGAGGAACCAAGCAGCAACACGAUUCUCGAUGAAUUCAACAACAACGCCGGCCUGGUACAGGAGAAUAACAUCAUUUCCGCCAUGGAAUUCAUCUUGAGUCUUGAAGGUCCAUGUCUCGAUCAUGUCAGAGCUGCAUUGGGAACGCCACAAGUUCCAAAUGGCCAUGCGCUGACUCUGACAGCCUCUAUGCUUCAUCUUUGCGAAAAUAGCGGCUCAUCAGCCCAGAGACUGGAUCCGACUCAGAUUCCCAAAAAAACUGUGGAGCGGUUGCUAGAGCUGUCAUCUGAACUGAGCACUGAAGACGAACUUACCCCAACCCAGGCUUGGGUUGUCCUCUCUCGACAGCCGCAGUUUACGGGCACUAGCAAAACCCAGAUUGUGGAUCUCGCAAAUGCGCUCUUGAGUCACAUGAAAUGCUAUGGAUUCGGGGCAGUGAUAGAACGAAUGACCCUAAUGAACGAAAUAUCGCGUGUUCUAAACUGCCCGGCUCGGCUCCAAUUGGAUUGA